AUGACUGAUGGUGGAAUGCUUCGUGAAUCACUUAAAGAACCAGAUCUUGAUCAUUAUAGUACUGUUAUAAUGGACAAAGCUCAUGAAUGUUCAUUACAGACUGAUGUUUUAAUGGGUUUAUUAAGACAAGUGAUUACACGUAGAAGGGACCUCAAAUUAAUUGUAACUUCAGCAACUAUGAAUACAGAAAAGUUUGCUGCAUUUUUUGGAAAUUGUGCUAUAUUUACAAUUCCAGGCCGUACUUUUCCAGUUGAUACUAUGUUUAGUAAAACUCCAUGCGAGGAUUAUGUUGACAGUGCUGUAAAACAAGUUUUAGAAAUUCAUUUAAGUCGCCCAGCUGGUGAUAUUUUGGUGUUUAUGACUGGUCAAGAGGAUAUAGAAAUAACAUGUCAAGUUAUUUCAGAACGACUUCAACAAUUGGAUAAUCCACCACCAUUGGCAGUUCUACCAAUUUAUUCACAAUUACCUGCUGAUUUACAAGCUAGAAUUUUUGAAAAGACAUCAGAUAAUGCACGUAAAGUGAUUGUCGCAACAAACAUUGCAGAAACCUCACUUACAGUUGAUGGUAUUAUGUAUGUGAUUGAUACGGGAUAUAACAAAUUAAAAGUUUUUAACCCCAAGAUUGGUAUGGAUUCACUGCAAAUAACACCAAUCAGCCAAGCAAAUGCAAAUCAAAGAUCUGGACGUGCUGGACGUACAGGUGCAGGAACUUGUUAUCGUCUCUAUACAGAACAAGCUUAUCAUCAUGAAAUGUUUAUUAAUACAAUACCUGAAAUUCAGCGAACCAAUUUAGCAAAUGUGGUAUUACUUCUUAAAUCUUUGGGUGUUAAAAAUUUAUUAGAUUUUGAUUUUAUGGAUCCUCCUCCACAGGACAAUAUUUUGAAUUCAAUGUAUCAAUUAUGGAUCUUGGGUGCAUUAGAUAAUACAGGAGAAUUAACACCACUUGGGCGUAGAAUGGUGGAAUUUCCAUUGGAUCCUUCAUUGUCCAAGAUGUUAAUUGUAUCUCAAGAGUUAGGCUGUACUGCAGAAAUUUUGGAAAGAGUAGAGCAUAGUGAUGCUGCUAGAGAAAAAUUUUUUGUACCAGAAAGUGAUCAUUUGACUUUACUACAUGUUUAUACACAAUGGAAAUCUAAUGAGUAUCAAUGCGUAAGUAAGGCUCAAGAGGUCAGAUCACAAUUAAUAGAUAUUAUGAAAGCUGAAAAAAUGGAAUUAGUGUCUUGUGGCACAAACUGGGAUGAAAAAAAAGGAUUAGAAACAUCUGAAUUUUCAUUAGAAUCAGAGUCUUUGUCAGAAAUGAUACUUAAUUCUUCACCAGAAUUAUUGGAAUUAUUUGAAAACAAUUCCUAUAGUCAUUACAGAUCAAAUCGAACAAAUCGUGAACGUGAACAUGAGCGUGAACGCUCUUCAUCCAGUAAAAGCGAAUGGGAAUGGGAUUCAACACCCUCAAGAGCUAGUACACCAAGAAUCAUUGGAGGUUUAGUUUCACGAAAAGAUUAUAAACCACCGCCCAAAGAUUUUCCUACUCCUCGUCUUGCCUCUUUUGAUUAUGAUGAAAUAGAAUAUAGACAUCAUAAUGAGGAAGAUUAUACUGGGGCAGAUCUUGAUAGAAUUGAAUGGGAAUUAGAACAGAAAAAACUUGAUAGAGAAUGGUAUAAUAUUGAAGAGUCAUCAGGGACAAUUGAUGAUUCACAUAAUCCAUUUGGAGAUUAUACUGACAUAGUAAAAAAAAAAGAGGAGGAACUUGCUCAAAAACAACUUGUAUGUUAUAAAAAACAAUACAAUAAGGAUAAUGAGCUUUGGGAAACAAAUCGAAUGCUUACUAGUGGUGUUGCACAAAGAAGUACAGUUGAUCUGGACUUUGAAGAUUCUCGAGUUCAUUUACUUGUACAUGAUAUAAAACCACCAUUUCUUGAUGGUUGUAUGGUUUUUACUAAACAGUUGGAAGCUGUACAAUCUGUAAAAGAUCCCACUUCUGAUUUAACAGUAUUUGCUAGAAAAGGGAGUAGGCUAGUAAAAGAUAAAAGAGAUCAAAUUGAGUGUCAAAAGGCUUCUAAAAGUGUUGCAGAAGUUGCUGGCACAACAUUAGGCAAUCUAUUAAGAAUUAAAAACACUGAAGAAUUAACUACUGGUGAUUCUCAAUUUGCAACACAUCUGAAAGCAUCUGAAGCGGUAAGUAAUUUUGCAAGAUCAAAAACUUUACGUGAACAAAGAGAAUUUUUACCAGCUUUUGUAGUUCAUGAAGACCUUUUAAAAAUUAUUAGAGAUAAUCAAGGUUCAGGUAAAACCACGCAGCUUACACAAUAUCUUCAUGAAGAUGGUUACAGCAAGUAUGGAAUUAUUGGGUGUACACAACCUCGACGUGUUGCUGCAAUGUCAGUUGCAAAGCGUGUUAGCGAAGAAAUGGAUUGUAAGCUUGGAACAACAGUGGGCUAUGCAAUUUGA